AUGGCUGAUGUUGGCCAGGAGGCAUUCCAACAACAUCUUCUACUCCACCUCGGAUUUUCGAUUUGCACGCUCGAACAGGUUCUUGGGUUAUCCCAGCGGUAUAGCCGAGACAGUCCACCCUUGUGUAGCCUUGGAUUUACCGGCUUGUUGGACGACGUUGGUCUCGAAAGCUUCUCGUGCCUAAGAUUGCAUUCUUUGGAUGAAGUUGAUUGGCAAGCAGCAGUCGAGAUCAUUGUAUCUUUCUUUUCCUUUUCUUCUGCUGGUCAAGGGCACCGCAUUGCAAGCGCAGCCUAUACCUCUCAGCAGUAUAUUACACCGCUGAGCGGUAUUUGCAAACGCAAGCAUAUUGGAUAUGUGCGGCGUUUAUUUGUCUGUAAGUACCAUCUGUAUAUAUGUAUUCUAUAA